UGAGUUGUCAGUUAAAGGAUCGGGUGGUUUUGGGACAGUAUUGCGAGUGAAACACAAAUAUGAUGGACAGGUAUUUGCCGUCAAAUACAUUAAAUUUAAUGAUUUUGAUGAAAAAGAAACCGAAAAUGUAGUCAAAGAAGUAAAGAAUUUGGAAAAAGUUAAGUCUGAAUAUGUGGUCCAAUAUUACCACUCAUGGCGUGAAACCGGAUGUCUUUACAUACAAAUGAAGUUCUGUUCCCAUAGUCUGCAGAAUAUUAUUGAAGUGAAACCACAAGUAUUUGGUCGACAAGCGGGAGAUCCCAUGGAUUUAUACGAGUAUUUUAUUUCGUGUGAAAUAUUCCGUCAGAUCUUAGAAUGCGUUCAAUAUUUACAUGAAUUGAAUCCUCCGGUCAUUCACAGAGAUCUCAAACCAGAAAACAUAUUAAUUGCACACAACGUAAAGAACGGCAGGCUUUUGAAGUUAUGUGACUUUGGUUUGGCUACAGUUCACGACAAACGCAUUCACUACAGGACUACACGUAAACAUAUGGCAGAUAUCGGGGACAUGAGAUACCAGGCACCGGAAAUUGGUGAGGGUAGAAAAUAUGGCCAUAAAUCAGACAUUUAUAGCCUGGCACUAAUUGGUGGUAAUAUAUUUGACGUGGACUUGUUACUUAUUGAUUUAGAUAGUCGACAACCGUAUUCAACAACACAUACUCUCCUAAACUCGUCGGCACUUCAGUUGCAAACUCUAUUGGACUCAAUGGUGACCCACAAGUGGCCUAAACAGACUGAUAAAGUCUAA